AUGACUACCGCACAUAGGCCCACAUGGCAUACCGCCUUAGGCGGAGAAAAUCAAGGAGGAAAUCGUCUUGCCCAACCAACCACUAAGCGCUCAGCCCGAGAUCAGCCAGGAGAAUUAAAAUUAAAAUUAAGAGCAGAUUUAACAACAACAAAAGAUAAGCAGCAAUUUGCUGCUGAGCUGCAGCAGAAGGAAGCAGCAGCACUAAAAAAUAAACAAAGAAAAGCUCUUAUAGCUGCUGCUGCAGCAGUUUUUCCUGCUGCUGCUCUUGCUGCUGUUGCAUUUGCUGCUGCUGUUGCUGCUGCUGCUGUAUCUGCAGAGGUGGAGAAUCCGUUUCCUGAGGAUGCGGAUGACGUGGAUACACCUGCAGCAGGAGGAGGAGGAAGAGGUCCAGCACCAACUCCUGCUGCUGCUGCUGCUGCUGCAGCAGCAGCAGCAAAAGAAGCAGAUGGAAGCAGCAGCGAUUCAGAGAGUAGUGAUGAUGAGGAAGCAGAGUUACUAAGAGAAUUAGAGAAAAUUAAGAAAGAAAGACAAGAAAAAGAAGAAGCUGCUGCAAGAGAGAAGGAGAGGAUAAGAAAAGAGGAGCAGCAAGAGAGGAUGCUAAGAGCAAAUCCUUUGUUGCUAAGUGAUGGAGGUGCAGCAGCAACAGCAGCAGAUGGCAGCAGCAGCAGCAGCAGCAGCAAUGGUGCUGCUGCUGGCCCUCUUAAGAGGAGAUGGGAUGAUGAUGUUGUAUUCAAGAAUCAGGCAAAAAAUUUACCAACAAUUAAAAAACAGUAA